GGCCGGACCUCGGAACCUCCGUCACCGCCGGACCGAUCCCACCCUGGCCAUGAAGGGUCCCCUGCGUGGAGGAAUGUUCUCCCGGCAUGUCAAACGGCACCCCGGACUCGUUCCCCUCAUUGGCUUCAUCAGCGUGGGCCUGGGCAGCGCAGUCCUGUACCUGCUGCGGCUGGCCCUGUACAGCCCAGAUGUCAGCUGGGACCGGAAGAAUAAUCCUGAACCCUGGAAUAAGCUGAGCCCCACAGACCAGUAUAAAUUUCUGGCAGUUUCCACUGACUACAAGAACCUCAAGAAGGACCGUCCCAGCUUCUGAGCCACCUCUGGGACGUGCUGCCGUGGAGGGGGAGACCCCUGCCCCAAGAAAGCCCCUGACAGCCCCCACCCCCAGGUCCCACUGCUUCCCCAGCACCCCCAAACCGCGUGAUUGUGUCCCACCCCCCCAAAAAACCACAUCCCUGUGGGUGCCCCCGUGCCCCUCACCCUCGCCUGCA